AUGGCUUACAGUUACAAUAAAUGCGAGAAAAGUAUUCUCACAGAUUCAGAUUCCAUACCAGAUCCCAUUGAUGAAUCUCCAAAUUUGGUAAUAUCUUUGGUAUUGCCAAUUUAUCGUGGUCAGGGUGAUCAAGUUGCAAGAGUUAGAAGAAUAGAUGAGUAUGACAGGGUGAAUAUCGGAGAUGAUGUUGAACAGAAUUCGUUCUUAUUAGAUUUGCCCAUAGGAUUAUUAACGCCGAUUGAUCAAGAUCCAAAAGCACAAUUAUGCAAUGGAUCUUGCAAACAUGAUGAAUUUAUAUGCGACAAGACUUGCGCCUGCAUCAAAGCCGAUUUGAGAUGUGAUGGAGAAAUUGAUUGUGAAGCCGGAGAAGACGAGUCCGAGUGCGGAAGCUCAGAGGAAUCCUUGUCGGGCGGCUUCUUGGGCCCUCGAGGCCGCUGCGAUGAGGCCGAUGAUAAAAUCCGGUGCCCGUUGUCCGGACGGUGCAUUUUGAAAGACUGGCUUUGCGACGGGGAUGACGAUUGCGGGGAUUUUUCCGACGAAACGCAUUGCGGGACCAGUUACAACUGUACAUCCGAUCAAUUCGAAUGCGCCAAUGGUUUAUGCAUUCAACAAAGCUGGGUUUGCGACAACGACAACGACUGCAAAGAUUACUCCGACGAAAUCAAUUGCAACAAAGCAGAGUGUUCUAAGGAGCAAUUCCAUUGCGGAGAUGAUUCCUGUAUAUCAUUAGCUUGGCAAUGUGACGGCCAAGCUGAUUGUAUCGAUGGGUCGGAUGAACAUAAAUGCGAAAAACCUUUGAUCGAGUGUGGGGAAGGAGAAUUCAAGUGUGGUGGUCGAAGUAGUGUCAAGUGCGUCAAAGCCCGAUUCAGAUGCGAUGGGGACAAUGAUUGUGGGGAUUGGAGUGAUGAGGCUGAGUGCCCCAGGCCGACGGCGAUCACCGGAUCUGUUUGUGUCGUUGGAGAAUUCAAAUGUAAUGACAACAUGUGCGUUCCUGAUCGAUGGCGUUGUGAUAAACAAAAGGAUUGUAAAGGAGGUGAGGACGAAGUUGGCUGUGAUGUUGAAUAUUCAAGAACAUGUUCUCCUGAGGAAUUUUCUUGCAACGAUGGAAGAUGCAUUUUGCGAACUUGGGUCUGUGACGGUGUUGCCGAUUGCUCCCAAGGAGAAGACGAAAGUAAAUGCAUAGUAACCUGCGAAGACGGCCAAUUCACAUGCCAAGCAGUAUCCAAUACAACUAGUCCCAUUAACACAGCAAAUAGAUUGUGCGUUGCUCGGAAACAUGUCUGCGAUGGUCAGAAAGAUUGUCCGAGAGGCGAUGAUGAAUUGUCAUGUCCAAGAAGACGCACCUGUGAAGCUAAAUCGCCUUGUGAGCAACUUUGCAUUACGACUUUUGAUGGCAAAAAUGAAUGUAGUUGUCAUGCAGGCUACAAAUUGGGAUCAGAUGGACACAGUUGUUUAGAUAUAGAUGAAUGCCUUUACCAAUCCGAUCCGGUUUGUUCGCAAACAUGCAACAAUACCAUUGGAUCUUUCAUAUGCGGCUGCAUGACUGGUUAUAUUUUGAGACCUGAUCUUAGAACGUGCAAAGCAAUGGGAGCUCCUCCGACUUUACUAUUUGCCAACAGGCAAGAUAUCCGGCAGGUUUCAUUGAGUAAUAAUAAGUACACGGCGAUACUAAAAGGACUGCAUAAUGCAAUCGCCUUGGAUUAUCAUUACAAGAAAAAUAUUGUGAUAUGGUCAGAUGUGGCCAGUGAUAUUAUAAAAGGAGCCUACAUGAAUGGAACAGGGAUUAGAGAUAUUGUUAAAUGGGGAAUGGAGUCUCCAGGAGGUGUCGCUGUUGAUUGGAUACAUGACCUAAUAUUUUGGACGGACUCCGGCACGAGACGUGUUGAAGUUGCCAAUUUGGAUGGAAGCCAACGUGCGGUCAUUGUCGCAAAUGAUUUGGAUAAACCGAGAGCCAUUGCUGUACAUCCAGGCGAAGCAAUGGUAUUUUGGACAGACUGGGGACCUUCUCCAAAAAUAGAACGUUGUGAGAUGGAUGGCUCCUCCAGAAGUAGUAUAAUAACAGAAUCAAUUUUCUGGCCCAAUGGACUAACAUUAGACUACACCACAAGCAAAAUAUACUGGGCGGAUGCUAAGCAUCAUGUUAUAGAAUGUUCCUAUUUUGAUGGCAGUGAAAGAAAGAAGAUCAUGAGUAAAGGGCUGCCACAUCCAUUUGCAAUAACCAUGUUUGAAGAUGCAAUUUACUGGACUGAUUGGCACACUAAAAGCAUAUCGACUGCAAAUAAAGCAACAGGAGCUGGUCUAAGAACAGUGCAUGCGGGUUUGCACUUUCCAAUGGAUAUUCAUAGUUACCAUUCCCAACGACAACCUGAGUACAACUCCCGAUGUCCAGGAAAUCUAGGCGGUUGUUCACACAUGUGCCUUCCUAAUCGGAAAGGAAGAACCUGCGUUUGUCCAAUCGGAAGGAGUUUACUAAAGGAUGGGAAAACAUGUUCUAAUAUCGCUGAUAAUUUACUGUUAUUCGCAAGAAAAAAAGAUAUUAGAAUACGCCAGUUGCGUCAGGUGCCUUCCGCGUUAGAUGUUGAUAUGGUUGUUCCCGUAGACGGAAUAAAAUCUGCAGUAGCCCUAGCAUGGGACUCAAAAACUGAAUCCAUAUUUUGGUCUGAUGUCGACCAAGAUUCAAUUAGUUCUGCUCACUUGAAUGGCAGUAAUCAGAAAGUUAUUGUGCGAGCUAAUUUAAUUUCUCCAGCCGGCUUGGCCUUAGAUUGGCUCACAAAUAAAAUUUAUUGGACAGACGCUGGAACUAACAGAAUAGAAGUAGCAGACAUCGAAGAUGGUAAACGGUCACUUCUUGUUUGGGACAAUUUAGACAAACCACGAGAUAUUGUUGUUGAUCCACCAACCGGGUAUAUGUAUUGGUCUGAUUGGGGUCCAAAUCACAAAGUCGAGAGGUCUGCAAUGGAUGGCAGCCAACGUAAAAUAAUUAUUUCAGAAAAUCUCACAUGGCCAAAUGGUUUGGCUAUUGAUCACGAUAUGGGGCGAAUUUAUUGGGCCGAUGGAGGGACAAAGAAGAUCGAAUAUGCUAAAAUGGACGGGAGUGGCAGAACUGUACUUCUGGAAUCAAGUUUGCAGCAUCCAUUUGGAUUAGAUGUUUUCAAGAGCAACGUAUUUUGGACUGAUUGGGAAUCUUAUAACAUAGAGAGUGCACAUAAAUCAACGGGGAGAAAUCGAAAAAUAAUUCGUGCCAAUUUAUCUGGACUAAUGGAUGUACGGAUAUAUCACAGAGAAAGAAAAUAUAUGAAAACAAAAUGUUCUCAAAAUAAUGGUGGAUGCGCACAUCUUUGUCUACUUAAACCAAAUAACGAACAUAGCUGUUCUUGUCCUAUUGGAAUUAGGCCAUUGAGUAAUGGCAAAGAAUGUGCUGAACAUCCAGAAACAUUUUUAUUAAUGGCACAUCGUGUAGAUAUAAGAAGAAUUUCUUUAGAUGUUGAAUAUAUUGUUGAUUUUGUUCUUCCUCUCCCUGCAUUAAAAAGAGCAGUUGCACUAGAUGUGGACAGAACAACAGGUGACGUUUAUUGGACUGAUUCCUCAGAGGAUGUUAUUCACAAAAGUGAUGAAAACUUCAAAUCGAUGGAAGCUAUUAUCAAAGAUGGUUUGGACAAUCCAGAUGGUUUAGCUAUAGAUAGCAGCGGUAGAAAGAUGUACUGGACCGAUUCAGCAAGACACAGUAUAGAAGUGAGCGAACUAGAUGGAUCAAACAGAAAAGUAUUAAUUUCAUCAGAUUUAGAAUCGCCGAGAGCUAUAGUUCUUCAUUACAAACUUGGUCUAAUGUUUUGGUCUGAUUGGGGCCAAAAUGCAGCAAUAGAAGUUGCUGAUAUGGAUGGAUCUAAUCGUCGUAAGUUGAUCUCUCGGGGUCUAGUCUGGCCCAAUGGUCUUGCCUUAGACUACGAGGAAAAUAGGCUUUAUUGGACAGAUGGUCGAAAUAAAUUGAUAGAGUCUUGUGAUUUGGAUGGAAGAAAUAGAAAAACAGUUUUGGAAGUGUUACAUCCUUAUGGAAUUGUCAUAUUUGAAAAUUACAUGUACUGGACUGACUGGAAAACAAAAUCAGUGCACAGAGCAAAUAAGCAUGAUGGUUCAAAUGCGACUGUAUUGCGCGAUAAAUUGGAAGGACUAAUGUCAUUAGUAGCUAUUAAGAAAGGAGUUGAUGUUCCCGAAAAUGCUUGUGGUACAAAUAACGGUGGUUGUUCGAAUUUGUGUUUAAGAAAUUCUAAAGGUUUCUCAUGUGCCUGUCCUACUGGUGUUAUGAUGAUGAAUGAUAGUAAAACCCAAUGUCGUCAGCUACCAGAAAGAUACUUAUUAUUUACAACCCGUUCGUCUUUAUCGCGAAUUUCAUUAGAUACGACUGAAAUAUUUGAUUACACUUUGCCAGUGCCCGACCUACACAACGCAAUUGCUUUAGAUUUUCACAGAAAGAAAGAUCUUGUAUACUACACAGAUGUGCUGCAAGAUAUAAUAAAAAGCGUAAAUGUUAAAAAUCUAAGUGAAUCCAAAACAGUUAUUCAGUUUAGGCUUAACACACCAAAUGGACUGGCUGUAGAUUGGAUUGCAGAUAAUAUAUAUUGGACAGAUUAUGAACUAAAGGUUCUCGAAGUGGCACGUUUUGAUGGCACUUGUAGGAAAACAAUUAUAAAUAAAAUGUUGGAUGAACCGAGAGCUCUAGCACUAUUCCCAAUGAAAGGAUUCAUAUUUUGGUCAGAUUGGGGCGAUGUUCCCAAAAUAGAACGAGCAUCUUUAGACGGAACUAAUAGAAAAGUUAUAGUAAGUGGAAAUAUGGGAUAUGCACAUGGAUUGGUAAUAGAUUACAGUACCAAGAAAUUAUAUUGGGCCGACACGUUAAAAGAUCGUAUAGAGUGUGCUGAUCUUAAUGGUAAUAAUCGUACCACAAUUAUUCAAGAAGCAAAGCAUCCAUUUGGAGUAACACUGCUCGGACAAUAUAUCUUCUGGACGAACUGGUUCAAGAAAAUGAUUAUGCGUGCAGAUAAGCGUACCGGCCAAGGAAUUAUUACUUUUAAAUCUGAUCUUGUAGGAGCCAUGGAAAUUUUAGCAAUAACACCGGAAUCCCAAACUGGCUGGAAUCCAUGUGCCGAAAAUAAUGGUUAUUGCACACAUUUAUGUUUAUUCCGAUCGUGGAAAGAAGGCUACUUUUGUGCUUGCCCGGAUGAAGCCGAUGGAAAACCGUGCUUUUUGGAACCCAAAGAACGAGUGAAGUCCAGAGCUGGUGAGAUUGGCACUGAAUACUUUGAUGAACCAGAUGAAGUAGCAGAGUCAACACAUCAUGGUAAACUCGAUUCUUUAUCAAAAACUUCUCACACUUCUGGAAGUGGACUUCUAACUCACGGCAUGAAAGGACGUCUAACUGGGGUCAAUUCUACAGCAGUGCUUAUAGCUACAGCUGUUUUGGGUUUGCUACUUCUGGCCGUAGUUGUUAUCAUCAUUGUAAUCAUGUUUAAUAAGAAAAAGAUGAACGAUAAACAUAAAUUUGGCUCCGGUCGAAAUAUCCUCACAUUCUCUAACCCUAACUACAGCGUAAAUACAUCCGCUAACUCUUCCAAAACUAAUAACGGUUCAGAGAAGAAAAUGGCCUUAUGGAAACGUAUUAAAUACGAUAAAAAUCAAGACCGUGUAUACGAAGACAAAUCUUCAACGAAUUCCCCAGAAGGAACUAGCUUAAUUCCUGGUAGAUCUCGAUCUCCAGCGUCCUCACCAGGCGACCCUUCCAAAAGAAUCAACAUUAGUUCAAUUGACGAAAUAUGCCAAAUGCAGAGUAUCCCAUUAUAA